CUGUUAUUUCUUCUCUUGGUGUGUGUAACCUUGAUUUCAUCUAAGUAAUUCUGGGUACCUGGCACAUCAGAGACAGUGGGAGACUCUUACUAUAGUAUAUUAUCUGCAUGGAACAUGUUCCACAUCUGCCUCUUACACUCAACACACCAGAUUCAUCACAAUACAGUACCAGAUUCAUAGACUUACAGAAUGGUUUGAGUUGGAAUGGACCUUAAAACUCAUCCACCCUCUACCAUGGGUAGGGUCACCUUCCAGUAGACUAGGUUGCUCCAAACCAUGUCCAGCCUAGCCUUGAACACUUUUGGAAUGGGGAACUCACAACUUCUCUGGUACCAAUAGUAUCAGAUUUCUUACAUAUUUGGUUCCUUUGAAGAUGAACAAACAGACUUUGAAAGAAGGAGUAGAUGUCACCAGGUUUGGCUGCACUUGCUUUGGCAGCAUUAUUAUCUUCUAUUCCACUUGCAUCACAGAAAGUCUUCCCAAACCUGUAUACUUCUGGUUAGCAAAAUGGAUAAAAUGGACAAAUUCAAGGUGGUAUUACUGAAGGCAUAGAAAGGAAUACCAAAAUUGUAUCACUGUCCUUUUGUUUCUUUGAGUCUACUGAAACUCAGUAGAACUGGAUGAAUUACUUGAGUGCAAGCAAAUGUUUUCUCUUUCCUGUUAGUCUGUGCUUGUUCUUAAUUCCUGAGAGCACUUUGUGUAAGAAUGAUUUUUGUCUAUGUCUUUAGAUGUCAAGGUGCAAUAUGUCUCAUUUUUUCAAAGCAGAUUUGCCUGACAUUAAGACUCAGCUGCAGCAUUUGUGGAGUCAAAGACUACCAAACUGCAACCAACAAGGAUAAUGGGACAAGGAAGAUUGGAAAAAUCAGGGGUAAUGGUCAAACCACAUGCUAGUCACAUUCAAGCUCUCUUUACUGGCAGUCAUUCUCCUGCUGUUUUUCUCCCCAUGCCAAAUCAUGCAGCUUUCCUCUUCCGACCCUAAUAGACCACCCACCCUGCUACAUAAACAAAUUCUACCAUGUCUCUCUUGCUUUGCAGAAUAAUACGCUGAGUUUUCAGUGGCAGACCAGAACAGCAGAGCUGGUCUCACUCUUGGGUGGAUACCUCUCGCUUUCAAAAGCAACUUCUUUAGUGGUUACGUCCCACAGAGCCCUUUGGGACACUUGGGACCCCACCCACACCGUUCCCCUUUGUGACGAGGAGGCUGCGUGUGCCCAGAGCCCAUUGUGACACCUGGGGCCACGCCCUGACCAGGCGGGUAUAAAAGGGCACGGAGAGCCCGGCGGUGCCCACUCCCAGGAGAGCAGCUCCGGCAGGAGACAGCGGCUCCGGCAGGAGACAGCGGCUCCCGGGAGAAGGCGGAGUGUGAGCAAGUCGGAAAUGUCUAUGGACAUGGAGACGAGCUCAUCCACAAAGCCAGAGAACACCUCUCCGAAGAAGGCGAUGGGGCAGCACGCAGCUGCCUCGGGGCCUGGGCCGGGCUUGCCAUGGGCGAGGGAACUGCUGCACCGUGACUCCUGGGCUGGGCCUGCCGCGCAGGUGGCAGCACCAGAGAGCCGGGCAGCGGCCCCUCAUAGCCUCAGGGCCUGCGCCUGGGCUCUGCUGCACUUGCUGUGGUGCGGCUUCCUUGCCAUCCUGAGCAAGGUGCUGGCUGUGAUCUGGAGAUGCGGCCAGCAGCUGGGCCUGGCUCAGGGCACGGGCUCGGGGACGGCGGCAGCAGCCGCCGCAGCAGGGGCAGAGAGCGGGGCAGCUGCCCCGCACGGCCCCAGCUGCGUCCCCGGCCCCUCAGCAACACAGGAAGCUCACGGGCAGUGGGCAGCACCGAGGGUAGUUCUGCCAGAACUGCAGAACGAGGAGGGGGACAUCUCAGAGGAUGUCCGGUCCAGCACCAGUGGGGUUGAGAGCUACUCGGCAUUGCUGCCGCUGCUGAUGUCAACAUCAGACACCAGCUCUACAUGUAGCUCUGACCCCAAACUCCUGGAGCUUUGGACCGGCACAAAAACCGAAGAUCGAGCAGCUGUGAAAAGGCGAUAA